AUGGCACAGCAUGGGGUGGCAGAGCGUGGCACGGCUCGGCUGGUGAAACCUGGGCAGCAGCACAUUAAAGGGAAGCCACCUGGGGUGGAGGAGGAGGAGGAGGAUGUGGGGGGGACAAAACAUUGGCGGAAACAAAAGGAUAUAAACCCUUCCCCGAGGGUGCCCGUCUCCCCCCGGGGCAGGGUGAGACCCAGACGGGGCAGCGGCUGCAGGGAAGCUCCUCGGGAAUUCACAGCAGGUUCCAGGGAUUUGGGCUCCUUCCUCCCGGCAGGUCCCCUGCUGGCGGCAGAAACAGUUAAGAAGCCAGGUCCCGGAUCCUCGCAGGUAAGGGAUGGGGCAGCCAACAACAGUGUCUACGCCGAGUCCUGGACCAAGGCUGCUGCCGAAUGGCGGAACCGGGGGGCUCGUGUCCCCCAGCCACCGGCACUGCGGACGGAGCAUGCGGUGGCCCUCCUGGUGUACACCCUGCAUGGAGGAUUUUACCAGACCUUCAACGGGGCCGUGUGUGAGGCCGGGCGCUCCCGCAGGGAAUACCUGGACAAAUUCCAGUUCAAGGUGCUGCAUUUCCUCAUGACCCAGGCCCUGAACAUCCUGCAGAACGCCCAGUCCCGCCGCUGCCACCAGGUCUACCGGGGUGUCCAGGGCAUCCGCUUCACCGCCCGGCGCCAAGAUCUCGUCCGCUUCGGCCAAUUCACCUCCACCUCCCUCCGGAACAAGAGUGCCCUGGACUUUGGGCAGGACACCUUCUUCUCGGUCUACACCUGCUACGGCGUCCCCAUCAGGGACUUCUCCUUCUACUCUGACGAGGAUGAGGUCCUCAUCCCACCCUUUGAGAGAUUCAAGGUCACCAACAUCACCAACAGGGACAGAGCCUGCAUCCAGCUCCACUCCCAGGACACAUUCAGCACCUACAACUGUGAAUGGCUGAAAG